GUGAAUGUGUGAUGUUAUGUAGCUUUGAAAACGGAAAGCCAGGUGUAUCGGAUUUGUGUAGAGAAGGAGAUGCUCACAAUGGAGCAAAUAGAGGCAGCCAUGUACCAGAAGAUGAAGAAGUCGGACAGACUAAACGAGGAGAAAAUGGAAGGAUUCACCAUGGAGGGAGGUCAGAAAGAGCAGAUCCUCCAGUGGUUUGUGGAGACUCAGGCUAUGUUCAUCCUGUCUGAUGGAAACUUUCCACGCUGGUUCCAAGGUUUCAUCUCCAGACAGGAAGCAGAAGAUCAGCUCAGAGACAGGGAUGUUGGAUGCUUCCUUAUCAGACUCAGCGAGAAAGCCAUUGGAUAUAUUCUUUCAUACAAAGGUCAGGAUCGUUGUCGGCAUUUUGUCAUAAAUCAAACGAAAACUGGCCUGUUUGUCGUUUCUGGUGAUUCUACCACUCAUAACAGUCUCGCAGAGCUGAUUGACCACUUUAAAAUCACACCGAUCCAGCCUUUUGGAGAGUACCUGACUUCAUACAGCACUGAGAUGGACACCGUGGAAGAGGAUGAUGGAAACGAGCUUUAUGAUGUGGUUCAAAAUAGUCCCAUAGUUACAUCAGGAGUGAGUGUAAAGGCUCUAACAAGUUUAUGGGAACAAGCUACCAACUGCCCACACAACAUGGCUCCUGUCCUGCCUUCUAAAAGCAAUCGGAAGCUCACAACCUCCACCUCUAUUGACAGGAACAGCCUGUCUCAGGCAAUGAAAAUCCCAUCUCUGCCAAAGAAAAACGCACCACUUCGGAAUUCUUUAAGCGCUGGUCUUCCUGGUACUAAUCCUUCACAUGAACAACACAGCAUUACAGAAUCAAGGACAUCUGAGCACUACAGCUCUCAGUUAUGGCCUACCCAUCAUGAAAACGGUCAGUCUUUAACUUCUAACUCCUAUAAUCCUACGCCCUCCAUGCCUCAACAACCUCCUCCAGCUCCAUUGAUGACAGCCUCCUGUUCUUACGCUGUUCUUGACCCUAAAAAAAUGCAUUCUGGAGCUGGUCGAAUGGCGAAUAUGGAAGAAACAGAACUACAGCCCAAUCCACUCUAUCAGGCCUCAACUGUUGCGUACGCUGGGCUGAAGAAUCAACCUGAGGUUGAGUAUGACAACCGUGCAAAUCCCAAUGACAACGUCCUUUUGGCAGAAAAUCUUUAUCAAGACGUACCUGAAGAGCGUGACUACAAUACCUAUGAACACGUACCUGAGAGCAACACCUACGAGGACAUCCCAGUGAAAGUCAGCAACAUGUACGCAAGCCUAGAUGAGAUUCAGACCCAAACACCGAACACGUUGGGGAAGAAGAAUCAUAAGUGGUGGAAACUUCGUCUGGAGAACAAGAAGUGACAGUCCUUAUGAUAUUUGAAGGGCGCCACAUUAACCCAUAAGCUGAGAAAAUAAUGUAUUGUAUUAUUGUUUGCAAAGCAUUUAACUUCCUAAUAUUCAUGUUGGACUGUACAUUAUAUAAAUAACUUCAGUGUGGGAUCACAACGUGAUGAAUAUAAUGCAAGGACAUUGGCACAAUGAGUUGAUUAUGAUUUUAAAAAUGUAUUUGAAUAACUACUCUGAUUGUAUCUAUUGUUAUCAUUGCACUUCCUGCUUUCCACUCAAUGCAGUUUCACCUUCGGUUUGUGUAAAUACAGUCCAGCAGGUCCAUUCCAUUUCUUCAAUGCAAUACAUGUCAUUUAUUUCCAGGACGGCCUCCUUUCUGGUCAACCAGCCUGCUCCUUCCUUCACUGAAGAUAGAAAACAUGUACACAAGUCAUAAAAAGGAGAAAAAACUAAGCUAAAAUCCUCAACCACUCCGUUAAAAUGUGAUUGAUAACCCUUUCCCGUCACAAAUGAUUCAUUACACUGGAACAUGUAUUUUGUUAUGAAACAUUUAUGAACUCAUUUUAAAAAAGGGGUUUGUAAAUAUAAACAGUUUAAAGAGAAUCAUUUAAGCAAAUAAAAAGUACCUGAACCUGAGCCUAUGUCAGCUUUUUAAACAGUUGAAAUAAACAAUAUUGCAUUUUAAAAUUCA